AUGGCAGAUCUCGACCCCGAAAAGAACACGCGAAAUACAUGGCAUCUCCCACUCUGGCGCAAAUGCAUCAUCCUCGUCGUCGUCAGCUGGAUGGCUUUCGUGGUCACCUUCUCCAGCACGUCUCUCCUCCCCGCAACCCCCGAAAUCGCAGCCGAGUUCGACACAACCCCCGAAAUACUGAAUAUCAUCAACGCCGGGGUGUUGUUGGCCAUGGGCUUCUCGUCGCUUAUUUGGGGCCCCCUCACUGCGCUUCUUGGGCGGAGGGUUGCGUAUAAUAUUGCGAUUGCGGCGCUUUGCGGGUGUUCGGUGGGCACGGCGCUUGCGGGGGGGAGUAGUGUGUUUGCGGUGUUUAGGGUGCUUGGGGGGCUGACGGGGACGUCGUUUAUGGUGCAGGGGCAGACUAUCCUGGCGGAUAUUUUUGAGGCGAAGGUUAGGGGGACGGCGGUUGGGUUCUUCAUGGCUGGGACGGUAACGGGGCCGGCGAUUGGACCGUGUAUCGGCGGCUUGGUGGUGACCUUCGCCCACUGGCGGGUCAUCUUCUGGGUGCAGGUUGGCAUGGCCGGGUUGGGCCUCGUGCUUUCGCUGUUUUUCGUCCCGGAGGUGAAGAAGAGAGAAGCCGAGGGCGAGGGCGAAGGUGUCCCACGCCGUUCUUCCCUGCGAGAGGUCCUCGCCAUGUUCAACCCCGUCCGGAUCUUCCGGCAGUGGUUGUAUCCCAACGUUUUUUUAUGUAGGCUGACAAGACAGGACGUAACGUGUGGCCUCCUCGCCAUCUUCCAAUACGGCCUCCUCACCUCCGCCCGCGAAAUCUUCAACCCCCGCUUCAACCUCACUUCCGCCCUCGUCAGCGGCCUCUUCUACCUCGUCCCCGGCGCGGGAUUCCUCCUGGGGAGUAUCAUCGGCGGGAGACUGUCUGACCGCACCGUGAAACGGUAUAUCGCUCGCCGUGGAGGACUGCGGCUCCCGCAGGAUAGAUUGAACAGCGGGCUGGCGAUGCUGUGCGGGGUGCUGCCAGUCGCGGUGCUGGUUUAUGGGUGGACACUUGAGAAGAGAGCCGGAGGCAUGGCGGUGCCCAUCAUCGCGGCGUUCUGGGCUGGAGUCGGGCUGAUGGGCUCGUUUAACGGAUUGAAUACGUAUGCUGCUGAGGCAAUCCCCGAACGACGGUCCGAGGUUAUCAGUGGGAAGUAUAUCCUCCAGUACUUGUGUUCGGCUGGGAGCAGUGCGGCCGUUGUUCCCCUGGUCAAGGUGAUUGGGGUGGGCUGGACGUUUACAAUCUGUGAGUGA